CGCUGCUGGUCGAGGCAAGCAAGCGCCGCCAUGCGCCAAGGGCCGCGCAGGCUCCGGCCGGCCAUGGGGGCAGCCCCGGGGUCGCUGGGCCUGGGGGGUCCCUCUGCGCCCCGCCGGCGGAGCCCCGUCCGCCCCCUGCGCCUGGGGCUCCUCUUGCUGGCCCUGGCCGCUGCAGCGCUGCUGGGGCUCUACCUGUUGGAAUUCUACCUGCCCUGGAGGGAGGCGGCGGACGCGAACUUGGGGACCGAGGGAGAAGCGCCGCAGCUGCAGCAGAUCGGGGGUUUCCAGCUGAGCCACAAGCCCCGGAGCCUGUCCAGCAACCGGCUGAGGCACCUGGCCUCCCAGGUGAACCUCCAGCGGCUUUGGCAUAGCUAUCUGCAACCCAUACUCAUCGAGAGGUACCCAGGUAGCAGAGGAAGCCGCCAAGUCCAGCUGGUCAUCAUGGAAAGCCUAAAAGGGCUGCUCGCGUCCUGGCAUGUCGAGCUGGACUCCUUUGAGGACCAGACCCCUCGUGGCCCAGUGAGUUUUGCUAACGUGGUGGCCACUCUGGACCCUACUGCCCCCUGGCGCUUAGUGCUGGCCUGCCACUACGACUCAAAGUAUUUCCCACGUGACAGGCAUGGCCGGGCCUUCCUGGGAGCUACGGACUCAGCCGUGCCCUGCUCGAUCCUGCUGGAACUGGUGACCGCUCUCGACCAGGAGCUGCUGAGGUCCAAGGAGCAGGGCUCCCAGGUAUCUCUGCAGCUGCUGUUUCUCGAUGGGGAAGAGGCCUUUGAGGAGUGGACUGACACCGACUCCCUCUACGGGGCACGCCAUUUGGCAGAGCGCAUGGCCAAAGCCUCACUCCGCCCGGGUGUCUCCCAGCUGCAGGCCAUGGCUCUGUUUGUUUUACUGGACCUUUUGGGCGCAGACCGGCUGAACAUCCAGAAUCAUUUUUUGGACACCGCCGGGUGGUUUGAUAGGCUUGUUGGCAUUGAAAGACGGCUCCACCGCCUGGGCCUUCUGGCAUCCCACCCCCAAGAGCAGCUCUACUUCAGCCGGCAUCCCCUCUAUGGCCCUGUCCAAGAUGACCACAUUCCCUUCCUCCAGAGAGGUGUUCCGGUCCUUCACCUCAUCGCCACACCUUUCCCCGAGUUCUGGCACACCAUGGAGGACACAGAGGCGAACUUGCACCGACCCACAGUGGAGAACCUGUGUAAAAUCCUGGCAGCUUUCGUGGCAGAAUAUUUGUGGCUGUAAGGGGAUCUUACUGACCCAGAAAUCCUCUUUGUUCUCCGUCCAGUGGCACAAGGAAUAGCCACAAAGUAUGCUUGCGUUGAGCAGAAGGUACGGUUGCCUUCUUCAGACCUCAAACAGCUUGAUUCCAGUCCAAUAGCCCCUCGGAGGCUAACAAGACUUCGUGGGUAUAAGCUUUCGAAAGUCAGAGUUCUCUUAAUCGGCGACUAAGACUUGGAAGCGUAACCCUUGCAGAAACAUUGUCCUACAGGAGGAAGGGAGAGGCAGAACGUGGCCUCCCGCAGCCGUGGCCUCCAGUCUGGUAUCAGGAGUCCCACAAGGCCUGUGGCUAAUGAGUCGAGGCAGACCUCUCGAUGAAGAGCAAAGAAAAAGAGACUUUCUUGCACUCUGGAUUCUUCCUGUCUGAUCCUGUGGACCCGAUGAUUGAAAGAGCGGGGGACUUCCAGGCGCUCCGCAAAGUUGCUCCACCCGUCCACAAAGCGUUAGCAAUCUGUUCUUGUGUUUGUGAUUUGUUGGGGCCGGAAAUUAACUUUGGAUGACUCUUCUGGGGAGGCGGGCACCUCGGAGCCUUUGUUGAGAACAUAGAUCCGUGGUGGCGAACCUUGGGCACUCCAGAUGUUAUGGACAAAAUUCCCAUCAGCCCCUGCCAGUAUGGCCAAUUGGCAGAGGCUGAUGGGAAUUGUAGUCCAUGACAUCUGGAGUGCCA